ACCCAGGGCACAUCACCCACCACCCACCCAGCCACGGGCAACCCAAGUUAGACUGCAUCCAGCCUCCUCCUUCAGCCUACACCCACCCACAGACCCCUGGUCCCGUCCCUGCAAACCCCAGCCAUGAGCACUCUAAACCUGGACAGGCACAACCUCCUUCCGUCCUCUGCAUCUCCAGUCACCUCCAGCACAGCUACCGGGAGCUGGACUUCAGACUGAAUGGAUCAUUACUGACCUCUUAUGAAAAGACUCGGAGCGUCAAAAUGAACAGGGUCCAAGAGUUGGGUGGUGAAGACCCCUGUCCUGUCAGAACUCCCAGAGGGGUGAAGGACCCCUUUCCUGUCAGAACUCCCAGAGGGGUGAAUGACCCCACUCUGACCAACGGUCACGCCCAUCCUGUGAAUGGUGCCAUAAAGUCUCUGGACCUCUCCCCAAACCCCACACGACCCACACCCACUCCAGACAGGGGGUUACCCCAUACUCUCCAAUCCAUACCCCCACAGCCUGACAGCCCCUUAUCCAAACCCCCUAUCCAACAUGACACCCCCAGACCUCCCCCUGUUUCUCACCACAAACACCACGCACAACCGGCCAAUGAACAGAGACCCAAGGCCCCUCCGCCCACCUAUCAGGAGGCGAUGGCUGUCUCGGCAUCUCGCCCUCUGGAUCUCCCUCCUCAAUCAGAUUUCCCUCCUAAGAAACAACUCCCCCCUGCUAACCCAAACCCCUCCCCUUCCCAUGUCUGUCUGAAUGGCAGCCAUCACAAUGUUUUUCCUUCUAACCCCACCCCCCUGGAAACCAACAGCCUAUCAGCCAACACCUUUCCUUCUAACCCCACCCCCCUGGAAACCAACAGCCUAUCAGCCAACACCUUUCCUUCUAACCCCACCCCCCUGGAAACCAACAGCCUAUCAGCCAACACCUUUCCUUCUAACCCCACCCCCCUGGAAACCAACAGCCUAUCAGCCAACACCUUUCCUUCUAACCCCACCCCCCUGGAAACUAACAACCUAUCAGCCAACACCUUUCCUUCUAACCCCACCCCCCUGGAAACCAACAGCCUAUCCGCCAACACCUUUCCUUCUAACCCCACCCCCCUGGAAACCAACAGCCUAUCAGCCAACACCUUUCCUUCUAACCCCACCCCCCUGGAAACCAACAGUCUAUCAGCCAACCCCAUUCCCUCAAACUACGCUCCUCCGCACCACGACCAACAAUCAGCAAAGGUGAAGACCGGGGGGAUCAUCGCAGAGUUUUACUGCCACUCUCGUCUACACCACAUCUCCACGUGGAGGAGUGAGUUCUCUGAGUAUGUCAACACGCUGCAGAGCAGGAGGAGGGCCACAGGGGGCGCCACCUUCCCCGGGAGAGACCGGCUCAGACGCCAGAGGAGAGAGGGUUUGUCAGCUGCUCCUGGACCUCAGUCCUGUAUCCUGCAUGUGGACAUGGACUGUUUCUUUGUCUCCGUGGGGAUCAGACACAGACCAGACCUCAAAGGGAAGUCUGUAGCGGUGACCAGUAACCGUGGUCCAGGCAGAGUGGCCCAGAGGCCUGGUGUUGACCACCAGCUGGAGCUGCAGUACUACCAGAAAAAAUACUCCUAUCCAGCUGUGUCAGAGAGGAAGGAUGGGGACCUGGAGGAAAUGACAUCAUCAGAGACGGAGAGUCACAUCUCCCAUGGCAACAGUGUUGACCAGGAUACUGCUGCCCUCUCUAUGGCUGAGAUCGCCUCCUGUAGCUAUGAGGCCAGGCUGGCGGGGGUGAGGAACGGUAUGUUUUUUGGCCAGGCCAAACAACUGUGUCCCUCCCUGCAGUCUGUCCCUUAUGACUUCGCGGCCUACAAGAAGGUAGCCCUGGCCAUGUACGAGACCCUCGCCAGUUAUUCUCACGACAUCGAGGCCCUGAGCUGUGACGAGGCAUUGGUGGAUAGCUCUGCCCUGCUGGCUGAGUUGAGUGUUACACCAGAUGAACUUGCCAGUGCCAUCCGGGCAGACGUCAGGGAGAGGACUGGGUGCUCCGCCUCAGUGGGCAUGGGGUCCAACAUCCUGUUGGCGAGAAUGGCUACCCGGAAGGCUAAGCCGAACGGACAGUACCUCCUGAGGUCAGAGGAAGUGGAUGACUUCAUCAGGGACCAGACGGUGACCAGCCUACCAGGUGUGGGCCGUUCUAUGGGUGGUAAACUAGCAUCUCUGGGUGUGAGGUCAUGCGGGGACCUGCAGCAGGUGUCUCUGCAGCGGCUGCAGAAGGAGUUUGGCCCUCGCACUGGUCAGACCCUCUUCAGGUUCUGCCGAGGUCUGGACGACCGGCCCGUCCGUAGUGAGAAAGAGAGGAAGUCUGUCUCGGCUGAGAUGAACUACAACAUCCGCUUCACACAGGUGGACGAGGCGGAGUCGUUCCUGACCCACCUGUCCAUUGAGGUGCAGAAGCGUCUACAGGGGGCAGGGCUUAGGGGUCGCAGGCUGACCCUAAAGGUCAUGGUCUGUAAGGCAGGGGCCCCGGUGGAGCCAUCCAACUACAGUGGUCAUGGCACCUGUGACAAUUUGGCUAGGUCAGUGACCCUGGCCCAGCUUACAGACUGUGGUCAUUUGAUAGCCAGUGAGGUCAUCAAGCUGUUCCACACAAUGAGGCUGAAGGUGCAGGACCUGAGGGGGGUGGGCCUCCAGGUGCAGCUCCUCGAGGGGGUCCACUCCGUCCCCAAGGACCCCUCGGGCCCUAAAACAUGCUCCAUCAGAGACAAGCUGCUGGCCCAGCGCCACCCUGCCCAACAUAACCAUACAGAUUCGCUACCUAAUACCGCCAUUACUGACACAUGCACCAGUCAGGAAAAUAGUUCCUCUGCCAGAGUCCUGUCCCCCUUCUCCAGUCCCCGCCCUACAUCGCCUGCUGAGCCAAUCCCAGGGAAAAGUAAAGGAGAGCCGCCACCCUCUACACACACACCUAACCAUGUUGGUACACGCCUUAACCUCAGCAUGGAGGUCUCCCCUCCCUCACAGGUGGACCGGUCGGUGUUGGAGGCCUUGCCUGCAGAGUUGAGAGAACAGGUGGAGCACUCCUGGACCCACAGAGACACAGAGAGAACCCACAACGGGUCACACCAACGCCCCCUUCACCAUGGCCCCUCUUCUCCUCUCUCUUCCUGUUCAUCUUCCCCUCUACCCUCCUCUCCUCCUCCCCCCGCUGCCCCUCCUGUAGGAGCACUGGUGCUUCAGAUCCCCAACCAGUCUGGACAGACCGGCUCCACAGGCAUCAUACUGGAACUGCCUGACUUCUCCCAGGUUGACCCGGAGGUGUUUGCAGCACUCCCCAGAGAACUCCAGGAGGAGCUGCGUUCAGCGUACGGCCGCAGAGAGAACGCCCAGGCCAAGAGGAUCAUGGCAGACCAGAGGAAGCCCCUGUUGCAUCUGAAGCAUGUGGGGGUGGGUCGGAUGAAGCACUGCUACAAGAAGAGUGCCAACAGCCCUGCCAAGAAAGGCCCCUCCCCUCUAAAGAGGCCCCGCCCACCAGGAAACACCCCGGCCAAAGACCUACCACACGUGCUCAGACCCAGGGACCUACCCAAUGGCCUCAAGCUGGAGAAUGGACCUUCCACCUCCCCCCUACAGCAGGACGACCCAGAGACUCUGUCCAAGUUCACCCCUCGCCCUGAACCCACCCUGGCUGGAGCUUGUGAUUUCAUGGACAUCCGAACACUACUCAGAGAAUGGGUCACUACCAUCUCAGACCCCAUGGAGGAGGACAUUCUGCAGGUAGUCAAGUACUGCACUGAUCUGAUCAACGACAAAGACCUAGAGAAACUUGACCUGAUCAUCAAGUACAUGAAGAGGUUGAUGCAGCAGUCUGUGGAGUCUGUAUGGAGCAUGGCCUUUGACUUCAUCCUGGACAACGUGCAGGUGGUGGUACAGCAGACCUACGGCAGCACUCUGAAGAUCACGUAGGAGAGGGCAGCACUCUGAAG